AGUCCGAAAAGCGUCAAGCUUUCAAACGUUUCGUUGGAUCCGACCCUUCUACAGCGGCUAUGUCCUGGCUACGAGGAGUAACAUCUGCAGUACUGAGCAGUACUGCAAGAGGAGUGUUCUCUCAAAGACCUAAGUUACCAGUUCGAAUGCUCUCCAACGUCCGUCACCCACCCGCUAUGCUCGAUAGAACCAAAAAUCAGGACCGUGUUUGGACGCAGGCUAUCUGGGAUACUAUAGACCGCACAGCAGGAACAGCUCAAAAACAGAACCUACCAACCCCAGAUGAAUUAUGGGCUGAACGGAGUCGGAGUGCAACUUUCAACCCUCCAGCUGAUCCGUACACGGGUAGAAGAGUAUUUGUGAACGGAGACUUGGGUGAAGCAUUUAGGAGGUUACAAACGCGUCUCAGACGGAAUCGUGUGAUGCAGGAGGUGUCGCGGCAAAGACGACAUGAAAAGAAGGGCGUAAAGCGGAGACGCUUAAGCAGUGAAAGGUGGAGAAGAAUGUUUGCCAACGAGGUGCGGAAGAAAGUGCAACUUGUUAGCACUAUACGUCGUCGUGGAGCCUACUAAGACAAUCAAUGCAUUCUCUUGUCCUUGCGAUCAGUGUCCCUGGUGUCUUCAUAUAUAUUUCUCUGGCGGACUCUUUCCCCGCGGGACGUUGACGUGCAAAAUUACAUACCUUGCCAACCUGUUUUUGGUAUUAUAAUGAUUCUUCUUUCAUCAAACAAAGGCCGAAGCCGACGUUCGGUGCGUGGCGAUUUGUGAAGUACCAAAUUCUCGCCGUUUCUCGCCCUUAGUGUUCUAGGUCUAGAUUCUCGACCUCGUUUUGCCCACUCCUCUAUCAGUAUACAUAACUAAUCUGGGAACAGGUAUAAUCAAUCUAAUAGUCCGAGUGACGAGCCUCCUAGUACCAGCCCUUUCCAGCUCCUCCAUCUAGGGGGAAUACUCUCCGGGGAUGCAUUCUUGUCCGACUAGUGCCGUCGC